CACUCACAAACACACGCCGCAGGUCCGUUUCCUUUAUUUUCUCUACCUUUGUGAUUAUCGAAUAUAAAGAUUUCGUUUUUAGGGUUCUUCUUCUUCUCCACCUCAAAUCAUCACCAUGUAUCGAACUGCUGCUUCACGGAUUAGGGCUUUGAAGGCUCGUUCGGUCAAUGGGACAGUAACCAGGUUGUCCAGUUCGAGUGCGGUUCCGGUUAAGUCAAAUUCAGGUGGUUUAUUUACAUGGCUGACUGGAGAAAGGUCUAGUUCUCUUCCCCCAUUGACUAUCCCACUUGAAGGCUUAAACCUCCCUUCUCCAUUGCCUGAUUAUGUUGAACCAAGUGCAACUAAAAUAACAACAUUGCCCAAUGGUAUCAAGAUAGCUUCAGAAGCAUCCAUGAAUCCUGCUGCUUCAAUUGGGCUUUAUGUGGAUUGUGGAUCUAUCUAUGAGACACCCAUUACAUCUGGGGCCUCACAUCUCUUGGAACGAAUGGCUUUUAAAAGUACGAAGAAUAGGAGCCACCUGCGAAUUGUGAGGGAAGUGGAGGCUAUUGGAGGCAAUGUUUCAGCCUCAGCUUCACGAGAACAAAUGGGAUAUACUUAUGAUGCUCUAAAGACUUAUGCUCCUGAAAUGGUAGAGAUGCUGGUUGACUCUGUAAGGAAUCCUGUAUUCCUCGAUUGGGAAGUCAACGAACAGCUUCAGAAAGUGAAAGCUGAGAUUGCAGAAGCUUCUAACAAUCCAGAAAGCCUACUUUUGGAGGCAUUGCACUCUGUUGGCUAUUCUGGUGCACUUGCAAAUCCUCUUUUGGCCCCAGAAUCUGCAGUUAAUGGAUUGAAUGGUGAAAUAUUGGAGUAUUUUCUGUCUGAAAACUAUACUGCACCCCGAAUGGUACUUGCAGCCUCAGGCAUUGAACACGAAGAGCUUCUAAAAAUUGCAGAACCUCUGCUUUCUGACAUACCCAGUGUUUCUAAUAUAGAUGUUCCAAAGUCUAAUUAUGUUGGGGGUGAUUACCGUUGCCAAGGUGAAUCAGGGAUGACACAUUUUGCCCUUGCUUUUGAAGCUCCCGGAGGCUGGCUUAAUGUGAAGGACUCCAUGGUUUUGACUGUUCUUCAGAUGCUGAUGGGAGGAGGUGGCUCUUUCUCAGCUGGGGGUCCUGGAAAGGGAAUGUAUUCUCGUCUAUAUCUUCGGGUGCUGAAUGCGCAUUCCCAAGUUCAGUCAUUUUCUGCAUUCAACAGCAUUUACAACAAUACUGGCUUAUUUGGAAUCCAAGCUACCACUACCUCUGAAUUUGCAAAUAAGGCCAUUGAUAUAGCUGUUAGAGAGCUUAUUGCUGUUGCAACUCCUGGAGAAGUUGACGAGGUGCAGCUAGAUCGUGCUAAACAGUCUACAAAGUCUGCAAUCCUAAUGAAUCUCGAGUCUAGAGUGGUUGCAUCGGAAGACAUUGGUAGACAAGUUCUGACAUUUGGCAAAAGAUUGUCAGUUGAUCAUUACUUGAAGAAUCUUGAUGAGGUAUCAGCAAAGGAUAUAGCAUCCAUGGCUCAAAAACUAAUCUCUUCCCCACUCACGAUGGCAUCCUAUGGCGAUGUUGUUUAUCUGCCGAAGUACGAUGAAGUUAGCAGCAAGUUUCAUUCAAGAUGAAAGCUCUCACCCGCAAAAGUAUUUGAAGGGAAAGCUUGAUAUUGUUCUUUGGAUGGCUUGAAGUUUACAUUUUUGCGGUUUUCGUCUCUCUUGGAGAACAUUGAGAGAUAAAAAAAAUAAGGUUCUUAUUUGUUGAGAUCAACAGCCUGAUAGAUCAUUACUGGCAUGAUUAAUUUUGUUCAAAUAAUCAAAAUUUGGUCUUUUUUUUACAUUAUGAUUUGUAUUGAAAUGCUGGCUAUAAUUUAAAAAGGCGGUUCUUUGAUUGAA